AUGAACGAGGCACCAGCAGUACGGUAUCGACCUACAGUAGAUGAAGAUGGUGACGAGAUUGUGGUCAAGAUAGACUCGAAUGAUCCAGCAUUCGAAUGGGAUGACGACGAGCCACAUCCCGAUCUCGGCACUGCUACAGCAACUCGUCCAUCAAAGCCACCACUGAAAGCUACAAGGUCCAUAAGUCUACAAGUUUUGCUCGAGCAGCUAAAAGCACGAAGUCAAACACGAAAUACCGCUCGAAUGUAG